GCAAGUUCGGUUUACCCCACUCCUCGAAACCGGAGCGCGUGCCUGCGGACUUGCCCGGGCUUUGCCGGAGCCUCUGCCUCUGCGCAGCCGCUUUUCGCACCCUCACUCUCCUGACUCCCACAGCCUCGCGGCCCCGCCCCCACUCUCUCUCUGACCUUCCCAUUCUCUCUCAGGGGAGGGGAGCCCGACCAGACUACUUGAGUUUUACGCCACGGCGGGCGGUGCUGCCGGAAAGCGUCUUGGUUUGCGGCAGAAGGUAUGUGCAUUUAUACAUAUGAAGACAGUGAAUAUUUUCAGUGACAAAUGAAAAUGGCUAACCCAUUAAGAGGAGAAGUUUUGACUCUUUAUAAAAAUCUGCUGUAUUUCGGAAGAGAAUAUCCAAAGGGAGCAGACUACUUUAAAAGACGUUUGAAGGCAGCUUUCCUUAAAAACAAAGAUGUGAAGGACCCAGAGAAGAUCAGACAACUUAUUGCACGAGGAGAAUUUGUAAUAAAAGAGCUAGAAGCCUUGUACUUCCUUAGAAAAUACAGAGCUAUGAAGCAACGCUACCAUUUAGAAGAUGACAAAACUAAGUGAAUUUUUAUUGUUGCAAAUGUAGGUUUACUGCUUAGGCUGUCUGAGCAAUAAUUGGUGGCACUUCUUUUUAUGUAAAUCAGAUAUUGCAGAAUAACUCUAAUACACAAAAAUGCCCAGAAUACCUGAACUCCCUUCAACUUUAAAAAUUAUUCUAAUAGGUUCCAGUUGAUACACCUAUAAAUUGAUAUUGAAAGCUUACUCAGCCAAGACUUGUGUCCUUUUUUUUUAAAUUAUAGCAUCUGUCAAGACACUGAUUUAACAAAAAAUUCAUUGCUUUACUGAAUAGGAACUUUAAACUCCUAUCAUCAAUCAACAUUGAAAAUUUUUAAUGAAAAUGUUCACUAGGCUUUUAAAAUAAAUACUUACAAAUGGAGUAGUUUUAGAUGA